AUGAUUGGCACAGACGUUUCUUGUUCAACCCCCACACGGCUCCGCGGUCGGCCACCUCUGAUCUCUAAUGCUCUUCUUGAUUUAAACUUUCCCUCUCUGUUCAAUUCAACAUCCGCUUCAACCUUCAUUUUCCACCAUGUUUGUGCCGCUAUUGUCUUCUCCGAUCUUGCACCGUUCACCUCCUCUUCUUCGAUUUUGAACAAAGACGGUGCUACCUUCACUCACUUAUCUGCAUCUCCGAGCCACACGCCAUCGUACAUCGUCCGUUCACGGCUUCGCCAUUCUUCGUCAUUGUUGAACUCAACCUACCGGCGAGAGGUCCGGUAUUCUUUCAACGGUGUCGACGUCGAAAGAAAUCUAGAGAAUCCUCAUUUUCCAGUGAUGAAGCAGAGAAUAGGGAGUAUUGGUGAUGGAGUGACGCGAGGAAGGUGCAGAGAAAAUGGUGGAGGUUGA